AUUCAAUCGCUUACUAGAUUAUAUACGCAAAAGUCUGAUCAACGUACAAAAAGCCAUACAAGGUCAAAUAGCUAUGAUACCCGAAUUGGAGCGUACACAUUCGUCAAUGGUGAUUGGUAAGCUACCGGCGGAUUGGCUAAAGAAAAGCUACCCAUCACUGAAGCCGCUUGGCAGUUAUGUUACGGAUUUUCUGGCACGUUUGGAAUUCUUCCAGCAUUGGAUAGAUGACGGGGAACCGAAUGUCUAUUGGCUAUCUGGAUUUUAUUUCACACAGUCCUUCAUAACUGGCGUACUGCAAAACUAUUCGCGAAAGAAUUCGCUCCAAAUCGAUAUGGUUGAAAUUAAAUUUGAAGUAACCAAAUAUGAAAUGGAGGUGCCUAGUAAACCAAGCUUUGGCGCAUACAUACGGGAACAGCAGUCCAUCAAUGAUGAGACAAAAUUUUUUCAUGGCCUCUUCCUGGAAGGCGCGCGCUAUAAUCGUGAAACACAAAAGCUAGAUGAAUCCUACUCAAAGAUAUUAUUCGACGUAUUGCCAGUUAUAUUCUUCCGUCCAACACUAAAAGAGACUGCGCAAGCGGCGAAGGAGGAUUCCAAAGUGCGCGUCAUCUACGAUUGUCCAGUUUACAAGACUAGCGAAAGGCGUGGCGUUCUCUCGACAACCGGUCACUCCACCAAUUUCGUGAUGUAUAUGCAACUCAAUUGCAGUCGCACACAAAUGCAUUGGAUAAAUCGCGGCACGGCAUCACUUUGCCAACUUGAUGAUUGA